UCUCCACCCAGCUUGGCGGACUUUCGACUUGAAGCUGGGAGGAAGGGGACGGAGCAGGCAGUUGUGGGAGCCUCAAGCCCGCAAGCGACAGCCUGAGGCCCAGGAUGGCCAAGUUCCUUUCCCAGGACCAAAUUAAUGAGUACAAGGAAUGCUUCUCCCUGUAUGACAAGGAGCAGCGGGGGAAGAUAAAAGCCACUGACCUCAUGGUGGUGAUGAGGUGCCUGGGAGCUAGCCCAACACCAAGGGAAGUGCAGCGGCACCUGCAGAUCCACGGGAUCGACAGAGAUGGAGAACUGGAUUUCUCCACUUUCCUGACCAUCAUGCACUCGCAAAUAAAACAAGAGGAUCCAAAGAAAGAAAUUCUUUUGGCGAUGUUGAUGACCGACAAGGAGAAGAAAGGCUACAUCAUGGCGUCUGAGCUGCGGUCCAAACUCAUGAAACUGGGGGAGAAGCUCACCCACAAGGAAGUGGAUGAUCUUUUCAAGGAAGCAAAUAUCGAACCAAAUGGCAAAGUGAAGUACGAUGAAUUUAUCCACAAGAUCACCAUUCCUGUGUGGGACUACUGAAUGAAGAGAAUUGCAAGAGAGCCUCCCCCAGGCCUGAAAACUCAGACUGUGAAGUUUUUAAAAAGAAAAGGCUCUUUUACCCUUGGGGGGGCUGGUAAAUGCUGCAGCAAGAUGAGAUGAGUUGACUGCAGCUGUGGCGGGGAGGAAACUCAGCAAUGACACGAAAUGGUUUCAGCCUAGCAUUAGGAGUCUUUAAUAAAAGACUUGUAUUGAUUUUUAACAAG